GCCUUUGAGCCUCAGUGCCCAGCACACGCACAGAGCCCAAAAUCAGUUGCAUAAACUUUACUAUUAUCCCACAUCGAAUUUCGACAAGUUCUUGUAGCAAUAUAAUAACACGAUGCAGCUAUCAGCUAUUGUCCCUUCGGGGACAUCCGAUAAAAUUGGAACGAUACAGAGAAGAUUAGCAUGGCCCCUGCGCAAGGAUGACACGCAUAAAUCGAGAAAUGGUCCAAAUUUUUUUUUAAUUCAUUUUUUUUGCGAUUUUGGUAUAUGGCUUCCCUAAGCUCGAAAUCUGCACAAAAAUCUCGAAUUACUGGAAGGAAGAAAGGAUCACAGCAGUGGCAGCAAUUCAGCAUUUUCCCCUAAAUUUCAAAACCAAAACGAUUAAUUGGGUACUUAGCUGCUCGAAAUGAACAAAGGAGGAGGGGGGAUGGGAAGUGGAGCUGGCGGCGCUGCUGGGCCGACUACUGCUGCCGCAGCUGCAGCGGCGCAGAAGCAGAAAACCCUUCUGCAAAGGGUGGAUACGGACGUUGGAGGUCUCGUCGAUAAUUUUGGAUUCCUGGUUAAUGUAGCUCGGGUUAAUGAUCCGCCAGUUCGAAACUCCCAAGAAUCUUUCAUGAUGGAAAUGCGUGCUGCCAGAAUGGUUCAAGCCGCAGACUCACUGCUCAAGCUGGUGUCGGAGCUGAAACAGACGGCAGUUUUCUCUGGGUUCGCGUCUCUUAAUGAUCACGUAGACCAAAGAACGGAGGAGUUCAAUAAACUGACGGAGGAUACAAAUGGCAUAUUGAGUAGAAUCGGAGAAGAGACAGCUGCUAGCCUGAAGGAGCUCGAGCAGCAUUACUAUUCUUCGACGCUUAGAACCAGCAUCUCUCCUCAACCUUAAAACAAGAUAGCUCUGCUUUGCUUUGUUCAGACAAACAUGGUACUGCGCUGCGUUCUGACAUCAGAAAUGCCACCAUGAUCGAAAUUUGGUCUGUGUUCGAAUACUAUGAUUUUUUGCCUUUUCACAGCAUUUGGUAAUUUGGUAUUUAGUUCAAUAGUUAGACCUAUAAGCAGUUAAGUAUGGUACCAAAAGUUUGGUGCAAGUAAAGUGCAAGGAUUUAUAAGUGCAAAGGUUUAAAUUAUUAUGUAUCGAUUCAAAUAUUCAUAUACGAUUGUUUGUUUGAAUUCUCAUUCAAAAA